GGUGACAAAGAUGCAGUCACAGUACAGUUGCAAAGGUUUUGGUGUUCAGCAAGGAUAGCCAGGGGCUUGAGGUAGUAUUGCCUGCCCUAAUGCGAGUUCUCCCUCUUGUAGCUGGACCCUUUCUAUGCCUCCAUCAUCCUGUUUGUGGGGCGAGCCUGGGAUGCCAUCACGGACCCCAUGGUGGGCUUCUUCAUCAGUAAAACCUCAUGGACCCGCUUUGGGCGCCUGAUGCCAUGGAUCAUCUUCUCCACUCCGUUUGCUGUCAUCUCCUACUUCCUGAUAUGGUUUGUGCCGGACAUCUCCAGAGGCCAAGUGCUGUGGUACCUCAUCUUCUACUGCGCCUUCCAGACCCUGGUGACGUGCUUCCACGUGCCCUACUCCGCCCUGACCAUGUUCAUCAGCAGGGAGCAGAGCGAGCGGGACUCAGCCACUGCCUACCGAAUGACAGUGGAAGUGCUGGGCACUGUGCUGGGCACCGCCAUCCAGGGCCAGAUUGUGGGCAAGGUGGAUACUCCCUGCAUCCAGAGCCCUAUCUUCAUCGGAGAGACCAACUCCUCAGUGGCCAUGGAGGAGGUGAACAUGACCCACGACACCGGCUCGCUCACAGACACAAGAAAUGCCUACAUGAUUGCAGCGGGGGUCAUUGGGGGCCUCUACAUCCUCUGCGCCGUGAUCCUGUGGAUGGGCGUGCGGGAGAAGAGAGAGGCCUCUGAGCUCCAGUCGGACGAGCCUGUCUCCUUCUUCCGGGGGCUGAAGCUGGUGAUGAACCAUGGUGCCUACAUCAAGCUGAUUGCUGGCUUCCUCUUCACCUCGCUGGCCUUCAUGCUGCUGGAGGGCAACUUUGCCCUGUUCUGCACCUACACCCUUGGCUUCCGCAACGAGUUCCAGAACAUCCUCCUGGCCAUCAUGCUCUCUGCCACCUUGACCAUUCCCCUCUGGCAGUGGUUCCUCACCCGCUUUGGGAAGAAGACUGCUGUCUACGUGGGCAUCUCGUCUGCCAUCCCCUUCCUCAUCAUGGUGGUUGUCCUGGACAGUAACCUGAUCAUCACCUACAUCGUGGCCGUUGCAGCUGGAAUCAGUGUCGCCGCUGCCUUCCUCCUGCCUUGGUCCAUGCUCCCAGAUGUCAUAGAUGACUUCAAGCUGCAGCACCCUGACUCCCGUGGCCAUGAAGCCAUCUUCUUCUCCUUCUAUGUCUUCUUUACCAAGUUCACCUCCGGGGUCUCCCUGGGCAUCUCCACGCUCAGUUUAGACUUUGCAGGGUACCAGACCCGAGGUUGCUCUCAGCCCAGCGAAGUGAAUUUCACCCUGAAGAUGCUGGUGUCAGCUGUGCCCGUGGGGCUGAUCCUGCUGGGCCUGUUCCUGUUCAAACUGUACCCCAUUGAUGAGGAGAAGCGGAGGAAAAACAAGAAAGCCCUGCAGGACUUAAGGGAGGAGAGCAACAGCAGCUCCGAGUCGGACAACACAGAACUCGCCAGCAUCGUGUGACCCCAGGCUGGGUCCCUCCGUUUACCCCUGGGGCUUUUCGAAGGACUUGGCCAGGGGCUGGAGCAGCCUCGCGCUGCUGUAGGCGUACGCUGCUGAGGAGUGCCGAGGAGGAGCUGGGCAGAGCAUCCACCAUCGCCUCGAACAUGAGAUCUGUGCUGGUCUUGUGCCUUCCAUGGGAUCCACAGAGCGCUGGUAGUGUACAUUACACAAAUUGACCUGUGGUACUAGCGUGCCCCACGAGAGAGGGGGAAAAACACUAUUCCCUGCCGGGCCCCGGGGAGCAGAAAAGCCCAGGCUUAAAGUCCUUUUGCUCAUGACACUUGUGCCUGCUGCCCGUCUGUGCUGGGACCGCGAGGGACCAGUCCGCGUGGCACUCACCUGUGGGACAGGGGGUAAAGGUUAGUGUACAUUACACUGUCAAUGUGAACGCGCCAAGGAUGUGAGCUAACCUCUGCUGUCUGUACAUAAGACACUAAUUUAGAAAGAGCUGUUCUUUUGUUGUUUUUAUAGAGCCUAAUUGAUUAACUUAAUGUAAAUAUGAAGCUGUUUCUUAUUUGUAUAUGUCUGUACAGAAACCAAACUCAAGGACCUAUUAAUUUACAUAAAGUCAGCAGAGCUGGUGUGGGGAA